AUGAAACUUGAGGAUUACGAGCGUGACGAGAGCAUCUUGCCAUUUUUACUGUUGAUAAUCUGCAUAAUCAACGGGGCUUUCGCUAACCAGAAUGCUUGGGGUAGAUCGUACAAUGUUCGACGCAUUCACAGAAUUAACGAAUAUCUCGUUCCACCGCCUCCACCAAAACCUUAUCCAGGCAGAAUCCCAAGAUUGGCGAAUUAUCAGUCAACUCCGCAGCCAGGAUAUUUCCAACAGCUAAUGAACUGGUUGAAUCCGUUUAGUCCUGAUUCUUCGCCACAACAACAACCACCGCCGCCGCCGUCAGUACUGCCUCCACAGCCUGAGUUUAGUCAAACCGCUCCUUUACCACGCGUGGCAGCCUACAAUGGUCCUCCCCCAGUGGAUUAUGAGAAACCACCUCUUCCUCCGUCCUCCGUCCAUAUUUCCAACGAUUAUUCGGGAUAUCCUGCUCCGAUUCAAACCAAGAAUUGCAGUUCUUGCAACAGAAUCCCCUGGGUACCGAUACAGGACACGCAUCAAGGACAUGACGGACAUUUAGGAGACGCUUCGUAUGCGCCACCGCCACUUGAAUCGUCAGGUAGAUACUUGCCUACAAAUCAAGAAAUACCUCAUGACGCUUAUCAUGCUGCCUCGCAAGAAGUCAGAGCUCCGGAUUUCUCUCAUGCGCCAGUAUUGCCCAAUACUGGACAGGACGAUUCUUUCAUUAAUCCAUUGUUGAAUCCGCAUCUGUUUCCUGGAGCAAUGCCACCGCUCUUUAAAGCAGUCAAUUUUAAUCAACCUUUACCUGUACAAGUCACUCCCGAUGAAAACUCAGGACACCUUAACUUACCAUCAUCAUCAAUUUCCAACGGUGCAGGACCUAUUUUCAAUGGUGGACAUAACGAACAACCUGUCUAUCCAGGUCCUUCGACUUAUUCAGGCGAAGGAGUUGUUUCUCAUGAACUAGGGUAUACUAAUCCCAGUACAAACCACGGAAAAUUUGAAAAUGUCAAUCAAAAUAAUUUGGCACAUAAUGAUCUGUCUUCCAGUGGCACUCAAGUGUCUCACGGUCAUACUUCGGGAGUAUCUAAUAACGAAGAACUUUAUGAAGUAACGGGAUCGAGUGGAUCUGACGUGAGCCAAACUAAUCAAAAUUUUCCCAGCAGCUACGGAAUUUCCAGUUUUGAUCGAGUACCAAAUAAUUACGAGCAUCCAUACAACGACCUGUCUUCCAGUACUAACGUCGCCGAGGGCUCUAACGCACCUUUAGACGAGUCUUCUGGAAACAUUGGACAUUCAAUAAAUUUUGAGGAGUCACUGUUGCUAGAUUUCACGCAGAAGGAUGAAAGUCGGACGCACUCGUCCUCGAUACCGUCGACCUCUAACGCGUUUGCGGACUUUCAGCGUACUGAGAUUACCGGGACAACUGUAGCACUUGGCGAUGAGAUUUUCGGAACACGCAUUGCUUCAACGGAAUCUUAUCCUCCUACAGAUUACAUCGAGAUAGUUGAUACCGUGGCAAAAGAAUCUAAAAUCAAUAAUAACAUAACUCAAGGUAUAAACGGAAAAUCAUCUCGGAACCUGUUAAAUGAUGAUAUAGCGGAAGAAACAGUGAGUGAUAAUAUUAAUGUUAAUUUGGACGGAACGUCUGGGCAGCAAGGGGCAACAAGGAAUAGACAGGUACAAGUUAUCAUUCCCUAUACAUCGCAAUACACACCACUUCCAUUCCAUCCAAUGCAUGAAAAAAAUACUGACACCAGUGAAUCCAAUCAUGACAGUUACGUCGGCGAAGAAUCAAGAACUAGAAUUGAAGUAAUCAGUCCUCCAAAUUCGUCACAUAUUUUUCAACCUUUAGAGCCUUUACCAUCUUUACCGAAGACAUUUGACGAUGCUAAGAAAUCAGUUGAUACUAAAACAAACAAUUCCAUAGAUGUACAUAAACUACAAAAGAAUAUUGAUAAUUGGACGAUACAGGAAUAUUCAAAGGGCACAACUAUUAGUACAAUAUUGCCUAAUUCGAACAAACCAUACCUUUUCCGUUCAAAAAAGAUCCCUACAGAGUACUUUAUGACUACUAAGCCCGUUAAUUACGCAACUGAUUCUCACAAUAAUAAUAAUAAGGUUAUUACUUUGAGCGGAUUCAGCUUUAGUGAUGAAAAUUAUAAAGGAUCGGCCAGCAAUCGUGCGGAAGGAUCGCGAGAAAUGCAAAUUGAAAAGUCUGAAGGUCUUACUGAUGCUCCCACCGCAUCCAAGGAUAUGUGGCAAGGCUUUCCCAUAGGAAUUUCUUCAGUGAACAGAGAACGCGUUUAUAUAGUAACGCCUCAGCCAAGUGUAACUACUCCUACAUCAAAUCCCGAGUAUAGACAAGAGAAAGUGUUGAUGGAAGUAGAAAGAAACAAGAAGGAAUCAAAGAAAACUUUGCAAACAGAUACAAAGGCAACGGAAAAGUCCGAUACAUUCGAAUCGAUCGAAAAAGCCUAUCAAGUACUGCCCCAGGCUGUGAACAAUUUGGCUGUGGCUUCCACAGGUCCAGAAAGUGUUCCUCUGUGGGGCAUCAUGGAACAUGAGGAGUUUGCGUCGCCUGCCGAUAGUGAAUACGAUAACAACGAUACUGAACCUCCUACGCCGCAUUCUAGACUCUCGAAGUUCGAAAGAACCCGUGUCCAAAUCGGACCUUUCUUUGGGUGUGCAAAUCGGACUUAUACAAAAAACAAUAAAAAGACGAGUAAGCCAGCUAAUUCAUCAAAGAAAGAAGGUCGCUACAACUUGGUUGUAGUAUAUGGUGAUUGA